CCGAGGGAGAUCGUUACACAUCAAUGCAGCAGGCUGACUCACCUCCGGACCCAACAGUGCCCCCCGACUUCACUGCGCCUCCUGGAAUCAGAGCCACAGCUCGGGUUAAAGACGAGGACGCCCCUGCUGUCGGUCCCAGACCUUGGCCCGAGGGUAAAGUGUUCGCCGAGGCGAGAGCAUCCGUCUGGGCAGAGGCAGAAGCCGGGGCGGGUGGGAAAGUCUUCGCAGAGGCCGGGGUCAUGACAGAAACCCGCGCUUGGGCCGAGUCUGUCGCCGCAGAGGUCGGGGUCCUGCCGAGCGUUCCCGAAGACCCGGCCCCCCUGCUGGGGCGGGAGGGAGAAGAGGAGGCCCUCUCGUCGGUUCUCACCGCGCUGGCGGAGACGGCGGAGCUGCCGGCGCCAACGGUUAGGAAACCUUUAGGGCUGCUGUCCAAAGCUGCUUGGACCAAAACCUCGUCUUCAUCAUCCAAGGCUGCAUCCUCCUCCACAACAAAAGCAUCCUCUGUGGCCUCCUCUUCCUCUUCCUCCUCGCCAACCAGUCAGGCGGCAGCAGCCAAUGUAUCUGUGGUUCUUGGAAACAAUAACUCCUCCGACAACAACAGCUAUGAAGAAUCGGUGAGUAGCCUCCCAGCCUGGGAUCUGCCCACCGUACCUGAAUCGCUGCUGUCCACGAUGGGCGACCACGACUUCACGCUUCCCGCCAACAUCACCAGCCCGUUCUCCACCCAUCAGUGGAACACCACCGUGCCCGUCCGCCCCAGAAACGCCUCGCAGAGCACGACCACGGCGGCCCCGACUGCCGCUUCGACCGUGCCGUUCCCCACGGCUGCGGGGACGCGGACCCCGCCGGAGUCCACCGCGGCACCGCGGAAUGCUAGCGAGGACGCCGUGACGAGCGACGGCCCGAAGCUGACAACCAUAACCACCACCACGCCCUCCACGACCGGGUUUACCGUGGUGGAGACGCAGGCGUCAACCACGGGGGGUGCCGUUACCUCACCACCGAACGCAACGACCGCCGCUGCUGCGACCGCGCAGGAAGCAACAAGCCUCAACGCAACGACGGCUACACCUCCUACUACACCUCCUCCUACACCUCUUCCUACAACCAUCGUCUAUACAGAUACGCUCACGCCCACUACCACCCCCACAACGACUCUUCCCCCAACCACCACCACUACCACUACUCCAGCUCCAACUACCACCACCACUGCCCCAACUACUACUACUACUGCUGCCACCACAACCACAACAACCACCACCACCACAGAAGCACCUGCCACCACCGUGUUCAUCCCAAUCCAAACCACACCUCCUCUGACGACCACCACACACACCCCCUCCACCACCAGCGCAGAGGUCGUUCACCUGCCCUGCAACGUGACCGAGAGGUUCUGGGUCAAAACGGUUCUGUCUAUUGAGCUGCGCAGAAACCGCCUGGACCUGAUCCUGAAACAGAACCUUUCCAAAGGACUGAGCCAUGCCCUGCAGAGAGCCCUGAAUGACUCCAACGCCAACGCACAGGUGGAGCGAGACGACUGCGGCCCCCACAACGUGACUCUGGGUUACUACGUGACCAGUGGGAAAACCGUCUACGUUUCCUCUCUGGUUGUGGAAGCGCUGAACGUUUACGGGUUCGACAAGCUGCUGUCCGACAUCAGGCAGCACACCCCGUUGGUUAAGGCGGUCCUGGUUUCUGUGGGGUCCUGGAUGUCUGCCCCGAAGUUUCACCUGCAGCUCAGAACAGUGCUGAGAUUUGUUGGGCCGACAGACAACAUCUACUCCUGCAGUUUCAUCCAGACGUUGGAGCAGCGGCUGGAGAACGCCUUCGAUGAGGCUCAGGAUAAAGUUCUGGAGACCUACAACCGGCUCACUGUGGAGAUCCAGAGCGUGUCCCAGGAGCCGGGCUCGCCCUCCGUUUCUCUGGUGUACGUGGUGAAAAACCAAGAGGCGGUUCUGAACGGGACGAUAUCCAGCGGGCUCCUCAACCAGCUGACCGCAGAGGUGGUGGGAUACUUUUUGUUCUACCCGCCGCUGAUCAUUGCAGAGCCUCUUGAAUACCACAACCUGAACACAUCAGCAGCAACCAGGAGCUUCUGGGUGAUCACAGAUGGUGAGCAUACGUCGGCUGCCAGGACCCAAGAAUCCAGCAGAAAUGAUUUACUACGCCCAGCAGAACGGAGAGCCCAUCACCGGAACCACAGCCGCUAAGACCCUGAGCAGCCUGGACUCCCAGACCAUGGCUCUGACGCUGGGCUACUUCGUACAAGUGCAGGCUGAGCCUGUGGUGAAGACGCCGCCCAGCAACCUGUGGAUCAUGGCCGUCCUGACGCCGCUCUUCUUACUGAUGAUUGUGAUCGGAAUGGUUGCCUUCAUCCUGUGUAAGAGGAACAGAGUCAUCUUCAAGACCGGUGCCUUCAGGACCUUUAAAACCCGCUCCAAGACGUCAUAUCGAAGAGAGGGCAGUUACCACCACCAGCCUGUCCAGGGCUUCGACUACGCCAAAAAGCACAUGGGUCGAACGGGCGACGAAGCCGUCUCAGUUACCAAAGAGACGCUGGUGUUGGGGCUGCCAGUUCGAGACGCUCCCCUGUCUCUGUCGCUGGAUAAAAAGGCCCACCAGGACGGGACUGCAAACAAAAGGCCUCCGUCUGCUGACACACACAAAGCGGGACGGUUGCCCAGCGAGGAGGACGGCUCCAUGUCGAGUCACAGCUCAGGGAAGCUGAACACCAGCAAGAGCUCCUCGGCCCGGAGGACGGCCACGGGCAGCAGCGGCAAGAACGGCAAAGAGGAGCUGCACAAGAGGGGCGCAAACGACCUGUUUGAAGACCACUCCAGCUCCCUGCGUCUCAUUACCAUCAAACCCAUGACGGCCCAGCCCACCUACUCGUACCCCUCUUCCUCCUCGCACAGCCAGGACUCUGUCAUCGUCAACGGGGAGGCGAAUCACGUAGGUCUGAAGCAGAAGUCGGACAUCGAGCACUACAGGAACAAACUGCGUCAGAAGGCCAGAAGGAAAGGCUACGGAGAGUUCUCCCUCUCCGAGAGUCUCAACCACGGUUACGGUCACAGAGACAACCGGCACGGUCGGCACGACAACGGGCUCAAACAGCCAAUGACUGCCGAGGAGAAGAGGGCAUCGUUUGCAGGAUGUCACAAGAGGUACUCCCACCCACGAGAGCCCACCUACUGGAGCCGGCAGUCUCUGAGCAGCCCCAGCCCAGUGGAGACGGAGAUGGACCUGCUGGUGCUCAGGGAGAGAUCCAGGAGGGGCAUCCGCAACAACGGCUAUGAUGGCGAACCAGAACCAUUUGAGGAGACCAACGUGGAUCGCCUGAUGAGCUCUCUGGGUUACGGAGGUGGAUCGACUGGAACUGGGAACAGCAGUUUAGGGGUGAAAGCUCACCGCGGCUCCGACUCCUCCACACUCAGCUCGCAGCCAUCCAUUGACGAGGUCCGCACGCAGAUGCACAUGUUGCUUGGCAACGCUUUCAGCCUGGCACCUCCGGACCACGACCCCCCUUCUCCUCCAACCAACCACCACCAUCACCACCACCACGCUCACAGCGUCUACAACCCGUCCCAUUCCAGCCACUACGGCGACGGGGUGACCAGCGCCCCGGGGACCAUGAACCACCCCUGUGGAGGCCGGCAGAGGAGCACAGGCUACGAGGACAUGCACCAGUGCAGCCUGCCGAAACCGGGUUUCCGGUUUACCCAGCUUCCUGACAUGGGCAUUGGUUCUCCCCCGCCACUAAUCCCCUCCAGACCAGGACCACCACCUGGGACCUCGAUACGAUGUAACAGCUCCACCCCUGAUGUGAGUCUGAAGCCUCGUGUGUCUGAGGCGUCAGAGCUGCAGGCCCAGCAGCACAACGGCGCCCCCUACCUGCCGCUCUCCCGGACGCCCUUCCCCGCCGUCUCUGUUGACCAGUCCAUCAGCACCUACUCAGGAAACCCCAUCACUGCGGUGUACGCUAUAUCAGCCAACCGCCCGGGGUACUCAGAUUACUUUGUCAUGUCUCCGCCGUCGUCCUACCGGAGCCCGUCCUGGAUGUCCUACCCACCUGAACCUGAAGACCUGCCGCAGCAGUGGAACGACACACCUAACUCACGUCACCUGGAAACCAUCUGCUGAAGUCGAGCAACAAGGACUCAACACUCUGCAACAAGGUGUUCCCGCCACGCAGACCACCUCCUUCCCUCGGACCACUCUGGAUCUUCAACCCCCUCCUCCUUCGUCCACCUGCCUGGCCUUCAUCUCUCACCUCCUCCUCAGCUCCUCUUGGUAUCACCGAGUCUCCCUCUCUGUAUUCUGAGCCCCUGGCCUCUGUCGGGUCCGUUCGGACCCUCAUGGAUCAGAAGCCCCAUCACACAGGACUGGGGACAGCCCAGUGUGACGAGUUCCAGCAGCUGCCAUCCGCCCAGCACUCGAUGGCACACAGUGAUCAGUACUUUACUGCCCCAGCCAUGACCGGACCGGACAGGAUCAUCCUGGACUUGCCUGUGAGAUCCACCACCAAGCCAGGAGAGCUGAACUGACGUAAAACUGUGUUUUUUUCUUUUCUUUUCUUUUUUGAUGAAUCUAAAUUUUACAGCUGGAAAAUCAGUGUUUUAAACUUGAGUGAGAAAAAAAAAGAAACAAAAAAGAGAAAAAAAUCUC